AUGAGUAUCAAUGGCGUCCUUGGGAGGGAGACGUGUAUCUAUUUUGAUCUAGGUAUGGUUUUCCUUACGGAUACAGAACAGCUUGCCACUUAUCGUUUGACGUGCAUGGAGUGCAGGCAGGUACCGGAGAUCGACGUGGCGGAAUGUGGUUUCAUUAAAGGAAAUCCCGACAGUUCCUCACGGGAAAUCCAAGACCGCGUUCUUUCCUCGGGGGUUUCCUUCAUUCCACUACGGGCUGUACAGGUAGGCAUUCGACAGCGCGCUUUUGAGCAAGGGGGCUCUGGGCCUUUUGCCUUUGCGUUGCUUGAUCUCCACAUUAUACCACAGCCCAUGGUAUGCCCCCGUGGAGGGAGGCUCAAAGCACAAGCGCCGGCUCGAUUCACCACGGGAUGUGUGGAGUCGUUGUCGGACUACCUAUAUUCCGCAAGGCACUCGGAGAAAACUCCACCAAAGAAAGAUGGAAAGAUGGUCUCUCUUAAUCAACAGCAAGUGAUGUAUCUCGAAGGAGAUAAGUCAAGGCUUUGA